ACAUUUAUGCAUCUAUGAUAAAUUGAAUGAAGACCAAAACAACAAUAAAUACCUUGUAGAACUUCAUCAAUAACAUUUACUAUAGGACCACUAUCUUAGAUCAAUUGUUAUUGUAUUCUUACUUGUUUUCAAGUCUAGCAAACAAACAUGUCUAGUGCACAACAAAACUUCAAUGCAGGCCAAGCUCAGGCCAAAACUGAAGCAAACUUUCAAGCCGCUAAAGAUUCAGCUUCGGCAGCUGCAGAUAGGGCUAAAGCAGCUUACAACACAACAGGACAGGCUCGUGAAGAAAACAAGGAGGAAGCUACUGGUUUACUCCAACAGACUGGGGAGCAAGUGAAGAACAUGGCUCAAGGUGCUGUGGACACUGUGAAGCACACACUUGGGAUGGAUAAAAACUGAAAGGAUCCCAUUUGAUUGUUUUAGAUAGUUUCUUUCAAAUGGAAAAUACUUUUAUACAUCAUACAUAACCCUUUUUAACGAAAUAUUGUGUUUAACUAGUUGGCUAGAUAAAUAUUUCAAAUUGAUGUGGUACUAAGUUAUGGAAAGUUAGUUCCUGUUGGAAUGAUUGUGUUAUUUUUUUUUUGGCUUAAAUUAAUGAUGAAGUUUCCGCAAUUACCUAGCAUUCAGUCAUAUACUUUGUGUGUAUUUUGUUGUAAAGGA